CCGUGAAACGUCAACAUGUCAUAGUUGUCAAAAAUUAAAAACAAUGCCCUUAAACGAAAUAAUUAGUCAACGAAUCACUUUUGGGCUAACUCUUUUUAAAUCUCUCGUUUAUAAACACUAGAAUUUGCUUAGGAAAAGUCUUUGCAGUUAACCUAUAAUGUAAUAAUGAGUUGGUUCGACGCAUCGGGGUUUGCCAACAUAGCAAAGUCUGCACUAAGGGAAGCCCAGAGGACGAUAGACAAAGCCCUAGAUAUUAAAGACGACGAAAUUAAUCCAGUUCCUGCAAACACACCCAUUGACACAAACUCGGACGACUUUUUCGGGACGUGGGGUUUGACGCAAUCGGGUCACAUUAAAGACCCGAAGAAGGAUGAUGAGGGGCCGAGGCAACCCAAGCUUCAGUCGAGUCUGUGGGGGUCAUUCACCGGAUCGUUUUUUGACACCAAUAAGGAUGACCCAAAAUCGCCUUCUAUUGAUAGUUUAGAUGAUUCCAUUGAUACAGGUAGUGAGCAUUUUAGUAGAAGUAAGCUUGUAGUGCAACAAAGUGAUGAUGGGGAUAGUUAUUAUUCGCGAUUGUCGUCUGUGGAGACAGACGAAGAGACUAUCACAAAUGACAAUGAAACAAAUUCGCCUUUUGAAAAAUUUGAAGUACAAUUAGAUUCUCCUGAUAAUCCUGCAUCUGUGGUGAAAAGGCGCGAGAAGCCAUCGUCCUCAGUAAAUCGGCUUUCAAUAAUCAGUAGUGAGAGUGGUAAAAACAGUUCUGAAAGUGUGGAAUUAAUUACUUGUAGUACGGAGUGUACCACAAGUCCUGAGUCUGAAUUGUUGUCUGGCGAUCAAAGUAUUUCAACUUCUAGCUCAGCGGUGGCUAGACAGACUUCAGAGUCAGUGGAAGUAUUGGCUGAUAGUUUGACUAGUCCAAGUUCUGUUGAGAUUAUUGGAUUGGAUAGUUUAGAUGGGAAGACGCAAGAUGAGUUUGCGUCACCCCUGGAGUCGCCACUUGCGGAAGAAGAGGCGAGCCCCUGCAUUGAGAAAACCUCCCCCGACAGCGUGGAAGUCAUCCCCGAGGACCAAGAAGAAAGCGUCGCCGAAGACACAAUGUCCUACACCUCAAUCUCUGAAAGCACUUCAGCCACAGUCCUCGACCAAGCAUUCCUGCACCUCAAACCCCAAAAAAUGCUUAAAGACACCUACAACACCAACAUGACCGAAAGCGACAUCUCCCUCAGCCCCGAGAAGAACCACAGCUUCGCCGACGCCAUCACCCGAGCACCAAGUCGCGGCGGAAUGCACUUACCUCUAACACAAGUCAAUCAAGUAUUAAUAGACACCCAGCCGCAAAGCAGCCGCCAAGACCUCUCCAACCUCCUGAAAAACACCAACAUCAUCGACAUUCCCCACGAGGAAAACGCGCAGAUCGAGUCCUGCGACGAGGGGUCACAGUCCGAUCGGACGAUUAUUGCGAAAGACGGGGCCAUGGACAGCAGCAGCGACACCAGUAUUACGGAGGGGAUGAACUCGGUGUAUUUGAAGAAUUUGAUCGCGGACGCUAUGACUGAGAAGAGUCCGGAGCAGAGCGAGGUGAAGACAAGUCAUUUUAUGGAUUUGUCGCAGAGUAUGAUCGACUCGAAGCAGGAGAAUGUGGUGUUGGAGAAUAUCUCGAUAAGUCAGUUGGACAUGCCGCCUCGGGAGAACUCGCCGGUGAGUUCGGAAAGCCGAUCGGAUUUGGUGAAGAUCGGGUCCGAUCAUACGUCGGGGCACACGUCGGGGGACGAAUUGGAAACCACCACGUCGUCGGAUAUUGAGAUCAUUUCUAGUCCAAAUGGUGAUUCGAGUAGUACGCAGAGUCGGCAGAGUCCGGCUAAACAAACUUGUAUUAAGGGUAAAAGUGAAGGUACAAAGGACCUACUUUGUAAAAUGACUAUGAAAAAAGCCAAAGGCCACACCAGGGAACUUUCAGAAGCGUCCAGUGUUAGCGACGACUCUCACUCAUCUGAAGUCGAUCGAUUGAUCAAGCGCAUUUCUGAAAUGACCGAAAUUUUAGAAUCCAGGGAAUCAAAACUCAUCGAUAUGAACCGAAGAAAUGCCGAGUUACAAGAACUGAAUACCGAUCUAAAGCACCAACUAGAUAGCAUGCUUACGAAGCAACUGGAAUCGGUGGAUUUGUCACAAGUCACGGAAGAAUACACUCAGAGAUUAUCAGCUUUAGAAAAAAAGUUUCAGCAAGCUAUUAGAGAAAAAGACACUUUAAGAAAGCAACUGGAGCAGAGUAAGCAAGAGGCGGCAACUAGACUGAGUAAGGGCGACUUGGAGACCCUUAUGAAUGAGAAGGAUGAAACGAUCAAGGAGUUGCGGGAGGAAGGAGAGAAGUUGUCGAAACAGCAGCUGCAGCAUUCUAAUAUUAUUAAGAAGUUGAGGGCCAAGGAGAAGGAGAAUGAGUCGACAAUCAAACACCUGAAGGAAACCAUCGAGGACCUCUCAUCCGAAACCGACCGCCUUAAACGCUCCUUAACUGCCAAAGAAGAAGUGGAACGGUCCCAAAUAGAAGCCGUACAUCAACUAACAGCAAAAAAUAAGAAACUCGACACUGAGGUGAUCAAGCUACAAAGUCAAUUCGACGAUUUGACCCAGAAGUACGACACUGUGAAAAAGUCACUCGACGCGGCGAAAAAGGAAUUAGUCGAUAAGAAUAAAACCAGUUCUGAGUUAAUCGCAAGAGAACACAAACUUGAAAGUUUGGAGAACGAAAAAAGACAAACUGAGUCACAAAACGCAGCGAUAAUAAGCGAGUUAGAAGAACUGCGUUCCAAAAUGCGUCAGCUUGAUUUAGACUACGCGAAAAAGGAGCAGUUUUUACGGAAAGAAAAUAACGAGCUGCUGAGGCGACUGGAAGAUGCUGAGGCGCGAAACGAGGAGCUGUCGCAGUCGAUUCUGGAAGUUAGCAAGCCCUUGGUUAGACAAUUGGAGUCGUUGCAGGCAACGCAUACCAUAAAAAUUUCAAAUUUUGAGAAGAUUGAGCAGGAACUAACUCUGAAAAUCAAUGAUUUGCAGAGCCGGUUGCAAACGUCACAAAACACCGAAAGAGUAGUCAAAGACGAAGCGGUUAGUUUAAGAUCAAAAUUAUCUGACGUGGAGUCUGAAAUGGGUUCUUUGCGGCAUGAAAACGAAAUGGUAAAAAUGCAGUUAGAACAGUAUAAAACCGAAAAACAAAUAGAAGAACAGGACUUGAAAAGCCAAAUCGACGACUUGCACCAGAGACUGAAAACUGAAAAAUCAAAAGUGGAAGAUUUAAUUAAAGAUGCUUCAAGUUUGCAAGAACAACUAGCUCUCGAAAAAUCAACGAACGAAUCAGAACGGAAGAAAAGUACUCAAGAACCACCAAAUUUGGAACGAAAUUCGCCCCGUACUGGUAGUAAUUCGCCAACGUUAAGUCUCGGGAAAGUGUCAGUAGCUGAAUCUCUUGGAAGUUCUUUCUGGUCACAGGAUGAAACCCUCGACAUGGGACAGGCGCCCAGAUACACCAACAUGUUCGAAAUGCAGAUGCUUCAAACAAAUUUGAAACAACGCGAUGGGGAAGUGCAGCAACUACAGUGGGAGCUAAAUCGACGCGAACAAGAACGGUCGCUAUUAAACCAAGAAAUCUCCUCACUCCUAACACGAGUGGAAGAUCUUGAAGCAAAAACUCAAGACCAUGAUAUUCUAAAAACCCAACAGGUGGAAUUGCAACAGCAGUAUGACACCUUGUGCCAACUGUAUGGCGAAAAAGUCGAAGAAAAUGAAGAACUAAAGCUAGAUUUGCAAGACGUUAAAGAAAUGUACAAAAGUCAAAUCGAUGAGUUAUUAAAACAACAAAAACAAAAUUUAUAGGUUAUGUAAUUUAUUCAGCUUGUACAGUAAAGUUGCUUUUAUAAGAAUUUUUAUGACUAGGGAAGAGAUUGAAGUGUUUGUUGUUUUAUUGUGUUUUGUGAUACAGGAUUUUUACUUUAACAGUUAGCGGGUGCUGAUAGAUUGCUGUUUAUCUUGAUUAAAGUAUAUUGCACUUAAAAUUUAACCUGUGAUAUGAUUAUUAGUUCGUUUGGAAAUUAUUGUACAGAUUCCAUCUUGUAAUAAAUGUUGUUAAGGUA